GAAUGCAGCUAUCAAGUUUCCUUUGUCGUCUUCGAGAUGGAGUACGUGCCGCAACGACGAUUAAACAAUUGGUUAAAAUCCUCACCCUCUUUGGUUUCCUCAGUGCGUCGUACUUUGGAGCGGUGCUGCUGUACAAAGAGACCGGCACGUCCAACCCCCAGGCCCGGCUUCAGUACAGGGGGUCCACUGGGACCGACAAGCUGGGGACACAGGCAGGUGUUCAACAGGUGCAGCGGAACAUGUUGCCCCAAGAACCGAGUGUCCCCCCGGAGAAGGAGGAGGGGACCACGCCGUUGAACAGGACCCGGCCGUGCCCCGAUGACCCCCCGAAUCUCGUCGGUCCCCUCAAGGUGGACUUCAGUCUCAAGCUGACUCUGGAUGAAGUGAGGCGGAAGGUGAGCCCCUCUCUGCGGGAGGGAGGCCGUUCCCAGCCCCCGGACUGUGUCUCCAAACACAGGGUUGCCGUUAUCAUUCCAUUCCGAAACCGACACGAGCACCUGGUUUACUGGCUCUACUACCUCCAUCCUAUCUUGCUGAGGCAGCAGUUGGAUUAUGGCGUGUAUGUCAUCAACCAGGAUGGGGAAGGAGUGUUUAACCGGGCUAAACUGAUGAAUGUGGGCUAUGUGGAAGCCCUUAAGGAAUACGAUUAUAAUUGCUUCGUCUUCUCGGACAUAGACCUGGUUCCCAUGAACGACCACAACCUUUACAGGUGUUUCGACAAUCCCAGACACCUGGCUGUGGCGAUGGACAAAUUUAAUUUCCAGCUACCGUACAACACCUUCUUUGGUGGGGUUUCCUCGCUGUCUAAAGACCAGUACGUAAAGAUCAACGGCUUCCCGAACACUUACUGGGGCUGGGGCGGCGAGGACGACGAUAUCCACGGGCGGGUCGGCAUUCGCGGGAUGAAAAUUUCUCGCCCCGACCUUCAGACGGGAAAGUACAUGAUGGUCAAACACAACAGAGACUUGCACAAUGAGGCAAAUCCAGGGAACCCCGGCAAAUUACGCCAUAUCUGGGGGACCAUAGAUACAGAUGGGUUGAACAGCCUCAACUACACAGUCAAGGAGAUUGUGAAGGAUAUAAUGUACACUUAUAUCACUGUGGAUAUUCAAGCUCCGCCAAGCUGAAUGAAAGGGGAACCUGUCGAUUCUGGAAUGAACCACUAUCCCUCACAAGCGUCUUAAUAAACCACUGUGUGUGUUCAAGAGGGCAAACAGUUACUGAAAAACACGAUGACGUGUAGAGUUUAUUUUAUUUUACUUAGAUUUGAUAAGACCUCAUCCAUCAAUGUCUUACUGUCUCACAUCUCUUGUUCUUGCUCAUGAAAUAACUUGGUGCUCAAACCUGAACAAGGUGGAUACUUGUUUGGUUUAGGCAGAGGCUGUGCUGUCAUGGCUGGAACUUUCUAUGGACGGUUGCACAACGGCAGAGGAUUAAAAGACUAUUCUCAUGUGUUCCAUAAGUGUGUAGAGUGGAACAAGGGUCAAUUUGUCCUUGAAUCCAUAAAAUAUCACACAUUGCUCAUCAAAACUCAAGUUUAAGUUAUUUUAAUGCACAGCUAAGAGCCAAUUUUACCCAUAAUCCACUGCAAAUUAGACCUAACUAAUGAAGUAAAUCACCCUGCAACUGAUGUAUUGAGACGUCUUUCCGAGAAGUCCGUUGUUUGAUCUAUACCACAAGUCAAACUUGAUGUGAGGCGGCUCCUAAGUAGGUUAUGGGAUGGUCAGUAAGGUGGUAGAGGGCUUUUAUGUUUUAUUUCUCAUUUAUACAAUGAUGACAUCCCAAAAUCCAUGUGAUAAGAAGUUUUAUUUUGUAUGCUUGAAUGGGCUGUAGGGGCCCUUGUUAUAAUUUUCUGGGUACAAAAUGAUCAAAAAUAUAAUUUGAAUGGCUAUUGUUUUUUGUUUUUACGACAGCUUGUUUUUUUCUGUUUCGACAUUUUUUCUGGCCUUUUUCUAUGAAGUCAUGUCCUGCACGCUGCAAACCGAUCUGGAAAGGUAUGACCCCUGUACGGUCCAGCACUGGGAUUACCGGUGAACACCAAAGCUAAAAUUUGGAACCUACAGCAAUUAAACUUGAGUGAAAAACUAUUUAAAUAGUUACAUUUUGGUCUUGCAAACUGGAACAUCACUGGUGUAGAAAGGAAGUGUUUCAUCAUCUUAUCAACAAUGACAAAUGUCUUCUGGGUGAGUUUUGAUCUUUUACUGGGGGAAAGUUCACUGAAGACUGCAGUUAUGAUUGUCUGCAUCAGAUAACUUAUAUUUGCAACUUAACUGAAACCAGGCAUGGAAGCAUGUUGCGACUUACAAUAAGUGCAUUCAACCAUGAGGGUACAAACCAAGAACAAUAAGUAUCAAGAACGGAGUAUUUUCUCAUUGGAGAGAAAAAAAAUGCACAUGGAGUUUUUCAUAAUAUCCGAGAUAGCCUAUUUCAAAAUCCCAAGAGAGGCUCUUAUUUUCUCGUGAAAUCUUUUCUCAGAAUUCUGAGAUAAAUAUGAAGUAAAUUCAGGAAAAACUGAGCAGAUUUUUCAAAAAUUAUAUCUAGAUCUAUUCUCACAGUCUGCCAACAGUUUGACCGUAAGAAUACACUCAAAACUUGGCUAGGAGAAGUGAAGUUGGAUAAAGUGUCUUCAUGUUGCGUGCUACAGAAUGGAAUGUGCAUGCAUCCUAGAAUCUAACCUGCUUUGAGAACGAGCGCACCUGAGGAUGAGAUAUAGAGAGAGCAAAAGAAAUCAACACCUCCUUCACGGUUGCCUUGGGAUUUUCACAGCGGUCAAAGAGAACCGGAGUGACCAGUUUGGAGUAAAACUGUUUUUUCAAGCUUCACGUUGUUCCCCCUCGUCUGCUUUGUUUCUGUGUAUGUACAGAUGACGUCUCAGGAUUCUUUGGAAGAGGGUUCUUUGAAAAGAUGAUUCUGUUUCCUGUAACGUGAACCCUUUCAAUUGUGUUGCAAUAGUGAAAUGUUGUUACAAGGUUCAGUACUGGGGAUUAAUAUAAAAAUAAACAGGCCAUUUCUGCAUCUCACAAAUGUUUCAGCACAAAGUCAGUUACGUAUCAGAACAUUAACUCUUUGUCCUCAAAUUGUAAAAUGUCCAUCAUUCAUCUUUUUUAAAACAGAAAAUCUUUCACUAUAGAGAUGCACUAAGAGCCAAGUGAAACUGGUCUCGUGUGAUUUUAACCGCCCUUGUGCACCUGUCUAAACCAGCUUUACCUGUAUUCCCCACUGUAGAAGGAAACCUUUGCCCAGCAUCGCAUUCUGCUGCAUGCUCAGUUCUAUCACAGUGUGUGUACAGUCCAAAAGCUUGUAUGCUGAUGAAUUAUUGACAAGUGGGAGGAUUACACAACACAGCCUCUGAGAGGGACCAUGCAGCAGCAUGGAGGGGCGAGCGACAGAGGAGAGGCAGGAAACGGGAUGAAAACAAAACAAAACCAACAGAGAGAGAGAGAGAGAAUGGACAGAAUAUGAAAUGUUGGUGGCGCAAUUGAUGAAUGUGGAGGAUGUGUGGUAAAGGUCUGAACCCUGUUGAAAGGAUGACAUCUGAAUUAUUCCAUUACUCAUUUACUAAAAGAUUCUGUUGAUGGAUUAUUAAAGAACCGGUGUAAGGUCUAGUUGCAUCUAGUGGUGAAGUUGCACACUACAUCCAAUGACUCCCAUCACCCCCCAGCUUCCAAAUAUGUAUAUUAACCUACAGUUUCCUUUAGGUCACACAAAUAUCCUACAGGUAAAACAUGGCGGUGCAGCAUCGGCAACGCCAUGUUUGUGUGUGUUUAUUUGUAGAAAUAAGCUGCACCAGUUCAGCUCCAGUCACGUCUCUGGCAGUUGACAGAGACCCAGUACUCUCCCAUCCGCCUUCCUGCCCAGCCCCCUCUUUUCAUUGGUUGACCUAGUGGAGUAACUAUGGGAACGACUGGAGAGAGGCUGCCAUGCAGAAUAUGGGGUACAGCUUUUUUGAAUGGUGCUCAAGGCUCCAUCUCACACACACACACAAACUAAACUUAAAUGUGUUCCUGUGGUUUUUAUUUUAAAUUACCUUAUGUAUGAUGACUUCUCGCGGGCUAUUGUAAAAUAUAAAUAUCCUGUAAUUUGU